AUGCUGACUGAUGCCGACGUGGAGCAGGAGACUCAGAGUGCUACAUCAGAACCAGAAAUGGAAGAGAGGAGCACGAGAGAUCCAUAUUACACAAAGUUUGACCCUCGCAUUGAGCAUGAUGCAUUCAAGGCAGCUGAGAGGAGAUUGGAAACGUCAUACCACAAGAAAAUCACCAAGAUUAUGAAGGAGUGGACAGAGCUUGAGGAAAGGUACCAGAAGAUCAAGUACAAAAACCCACUGAAGGCUGACAAGUUCAAACUGAAGAUGACUGAGAGAUUCAACAGGAUGAUGAAUGCCCUCAAAGAUCAGGGCUAUGCUGAGAAGCAUCAGCUGGUUAAUCUGCACCAGCAAAGGAUCAUUGCUCACAUUAAUGAGAGGAAGAAGGAUGGCAUGAAGUGUUUUGUCAAGUCACUAAAUGAGAAACCUCAGUCCACUGCUGCUGUGCGGAAGUGCCUGACCCACCUGAUCAGGGCUCUGCACAAAGACCGUCACCACACCAUCUCCCACUACAACCAUCUGCUGCUGAGCAGCGGGCUCUCUGCUGGAAACCAGAGGGAUGCCACCAUUGAGCACCUCCAGGACGUUGACCGCAUGAUCAAUGAAAGUCUCCAGAUGCUGGACCACUACCCUGACCUGAAGGAUGCUCUCCUGGUGGACAUGACGCGGCUGUCGGCCGAGCUGAGGAGCAUGCUGCCCCUGCCGGAAGAACUGCAGCCCAGAACCACUUCAACCUCCACUUCAUCCACAUCUUCGGACGAGGCCGAUGAUGCCGACGAUGAGGACUACGAUGAUGAGGAUGACGACGAUGACGAAGACUACAUCGACGCUGACGACACAGCGUCGCGUGGGGAGACACUGCCGGCCGCCUCAGACCCCAUCUGGAACUCGGAGGACGCCAACCGGAUCGACAUCGACGUGGAGGUAGAGCGGCGACCGGCGGCGCUGCCCGAACACCGCCUGGAGCCCAUCGUGGCGCACGUGCGCACCCACGAGCAUGUGCAGGGCGAGGCGACGUUCCGCGUGGUGGGCGAGGUGCCCUCGCCGAGCGGCGGCCGCGGCCUCUACCUGACGGUGGCGCUGGCCAGUCUGGCGCUGACCGUGGCACUGGUGGCGGCCGCGUGGGCGGUGCGCCGCCGCCAGCGCGCGCCGCAACGCCAGGGCUUCAUCGAAGUCGACCAGACGGUGACGCCCGAAGAACGACACCUGGCGCAGAUGCAGGUCAACGGAUACGAGAAUCCGACGUACCGCUAUUUCGAAAGCAAGUAG